CAGAGGGUCUCAGUCGUUUCACGAUCUUCGUGGCGAACAAUAUCCUCGUACAAAUAGAAAAGAAACGAGAGAAAGAGAGAGAGAGAGAGAGAAAGAGAAGUUUAUUUCAUUAAAUCAAAACGUGACUACACUGUAGUGACUAUUUAAAAAAUUGUUAUCUUAUCAAAUUAUCAAUUAUUUAUCAAUAGAUAUCCGUGAUAUAGUUUGCAAAUCUUAUCAGACAAUUAAAAUUUUCCUAGUUGUUAAUAAAUAAUAAGUAUCUGUGAUAUAAUUUAAGAAUCUUAUCAAGUUUUAUUUAAUAACACUUGAAAUAUUUUUACUUAUCAAAAGUGAUUUGGAGUGGUUCGAGAAUGAAUUAAUUCUUUCGCACUGAUAUUUUUAUUAUAUAAAAAGAGAAGAAUAUAUAUAAAAUAAGAUUGAGUGCAAAAUGAAAAAGUGAAUUUUCGCUUGCAAGAGGGAUUCUUGCUCGAUGCAUUAAUGAACGUCAUAAUAGGCGCGUGUGUUAUAUUUACGCCUUUUCGUUUAUGUGAAGCCACGAUAAAAUGGAGCUAUUGGUACCAGCAGUUUCAGACGUCGUGUUUAAAUACACAUGGCCUAUUCCAAAUUACAAAAAAACUAUUUCGAAGAAAAGCUUUAUAGAUAGCCCGUCCUUCAACAUCAAUAUAAAUGGUAUUCAUAGCACAUGGAAUUUAUCCAUCAGAUUCUGGAAGAAUCCUGAUGGAAAGAAUGGUCCACUGUUUGGUAACAGGCAAAAGAAUGAUAAACCCGGUGGUAUUGUGCCUGAACAUGUUGAACUGCAACGUAGAUGAAGCGGAACAAGCGAAGAUACGAUUUCAAUUUGCAGUUUUCAAUGCCGACGUUAAACAUUGGGAAUACUGUCACGUUAGCAGGACAAUACUCGAGCUAAAAUCAUACACGGACAUCAUUUCCUUGGGCUAUAGAGACUUGUCCAUCGUCCACAGACAUUUAAAGAAGAAUGGUGAGGUGGUAUUAAUGGUUAAAAUACAGAUAAUUCAAUACGAAAGCGAAAAACAUAACUUGUCACAGGAUAUGGCCAGAUUGUUAAAACAUUCAUAUGGUGCAGAUACUAAGUUAAUUUGUGGAGGUUUAAACAAUACAGAAAUUCCAGUUCAUAGUACUGUAUUGACUGCUCGUAGCAACAUUCUUGCUGAAAUGAUUUUGCCUUUAAAAGAAUUUAAUGAGAGGAAAGAUAUGAAGAUAGAUACUAUAAAAGAUAAAAUGGAUAUGACGAUGUUACAAGAAAAUAAUAUAAUUGAUAAAGAAAACGGACGUUCCAAUAAACGUUAUGUAUUUUCCUUGGAAUUGUUGGAUCUUAAUAAACAGGUAGUUGAAGAAUUUUUGCGAUACAUAUACAGCGAUCAAGUCGAUAAUUUGGAUAAUUUUGCUCCACAACUUUUAUCAUUGGCUGAACGUUUUUCUUUGCAAGGAUUAAAAGAACUUUGUGAAAGAAAUCUUAUGGAAACAAUAACUCCAGAAAACAUAGCAAGCAGACUUUUAAUUGCAGAUGAAUUUGGAUGCAAUGCGCUUAAAAAAGCAAGUUUAGCGUAUUGCGAGGAAAAUUUAACGGUACUUAACAAAAGUUUAGCAUGGAAAAUAAUGGAACAAACAAAUUCAGAAUUGUUUAAUGAAAUUUGUGAAGCUGGUAUUGGAAGUUCAAGAUCAAGUAACAUGAAUGAUAGUGAAUUAACAUCUCAAUUGACAUCUUUUCUUUAUAUAUAUAAACAAAAUUAAUUAUAAAUUUUUGAUUUCAAUGAAUGAACUUUAAUAAAGAUUAUUUUUAUAAAUUUUUUUA